UUACCGAUGGCAAUAUGUCAAUUCUGAUAGUUUGCAAAAUUCAAUACGAAUUGACUGGCAUAUGAGUUGGUUGAAAAGUUGUCCACGUAAAUUUUAUUUUAAUUCAUAAAUAAGUGAAAGUAUAAUGUCUAAAAGGAAAGGAAAUAAGAAAAAUUUAGACAUUAAUGAUGAUUUUGAGGAGAAGAAAUCAGUUACUAACGAUGAUAUAACCUCAAAAAGUAAAGGAAAGGGUAAGAAAAAAGGCAAAGAAGUUGCUGAUUUUAGUGAUGGAGACGGAGGAGAUACUGUUAAAAAGGUACACGUGUCGGACGAAGAAGAAGAAAGCAAACCCGCCGCUAAGAAGUCUCAAAAGAAAGGUAAAAACAAAAAGAAGGUCUUGGAUCACUCUGAUGAUGAACAGGACGAUAACAAGUCUAUAGUUAGUAAUGCUACAAGUACUGCAUCGAAGCCUGCUGCAAAAACAAAUAAAAAGAAAAAGGGUAAAGGCAAAAAAGGUGAUGAUUGGUCUGAUGAUGGUAGUGAUAUAGAACUGAAGCAAGUCUCAGAAGAGGAAGAAGUCAAACCAGUGUCAAAAAAGAAAACAAAGAACAAGAAAAAAGCUGCUACUGUUGAAUCAGAGGCAUCAGACAAUGAUGAUGCAGAUUCUGUUGUCAGUGAUGAUUCAAGUGUUGCAGCAUUAGCACCUAAAUCGAAAAGUGCUAAAGCUAAGAACAAAAAGAAAGCAGUUGUAGCCUCAGAUGAAUCAGACAAUGAAGACUCUAAAUCAGUUAUCAGUAAUGUUUCCAGUAAUGUGGCACCACCACCACCUAAAACUAAGAGUUCAAAAGGUAAAAAUAAGAAAAACGAUUGGCCUGAUGAAGGAAGUGAUAAAGAAUUGAAAAUGGAUUCAGAAGAAGAAGAUGUUUUAAAACCCAUUGUUAAAAGCAAAUUAAAGAAUAGGAAGAAAAAUAACAUUGACAACAUAGAAGAGGAGUUAAAGAAGUUUGAAAUCAAAGAAUCUGAACCAGAGGAAGAAGAGAUUUCUGAAAAGAAAGAACCCGAAAAAGAGCAAGAAGUAAAAGCUGAUCAAGAAAAGAAAAUGAGUCACAAAGAGAAGAAGAAGUUAAAAAAACAACAAGAGUACGAAAAACAAAUGGAAAUGUUGACGAAAAAGGGUGGACAGGGGCACAGUGAUCUCGACGCUAAUUUCACAGUGAGCCAGGCACAAAAAACUGCUGGUCAGAUGGCAGCCCUAGAAAAUGCAGUGGACAUAAAAGUCGAGAACUUUUCCAUCAGUGCAAAGGGAAAGGAUUUAUUCGUGAAUGCAAAUCUAUUGAUUGCGAAUGGUCGUCGGUACGGUCUUGUCGGACCCAAUGGUCACGGCAAAACAACACUGUUGAGGCAUCUCGCUCAGAGGGCGUUCCCAUUGCCACCCCACAUUGAUAUCUUGCUUUGUGAACAAGAAGUGACGGCUAGUGAUAUGAGUGCAGUGGAUACUUUGCUUGAUUCGGAUGUUAAAAGGAAAGAAUUAUUGGAGGAGUGUAAGGUUUUAGAAGCACAGACUGAAAAAGGUGAUCUAUCAAAGCAGGACCGAUUGAAUGAGGUGUAUGCGGAAUUGAAAGCUAUUGGUGCCGAUUCAGCGGAACCACGCGCAAGAAGAAUUUUGGCCGGUUUAGGGUUUAGCAAAGAGAUGCAGGAUAGAGCUACUAAGAACUUCUCUGGUGGAUGGCGUAUGAGGGUUUCACUAGCUAGAGCUUUAUAUAUUGAACCUACGCUCCUGCUACUUGACGAACCUACGAACCAUUUAGAUCUUAAUGCUGUUAUUUGGUUGGAUAACUAUUUACAAGGAUGGAAGAAAACCCUACUCGUAGUAUCUCACGACCAAUCUUUCUUGGACAAUGUGUGCAAUGAAAUUAUUCACUUGGACCAACAGAAGUUGUACUAUUAUAAGGGCAAUUACUCGAUGUUCAAGAAAAUGUAUGCGCAAAAACGAAAAGAGAUGAUCAAAGAGUAUGAGAAACAAGAGAAAAGAUUGAAAGAUUUGAAGGCGCAUGGAUCGUCGAAGAAAGCGGCAGAAAAGAAGCAAAAAGAGGCGUUAACUCGAAAACAAGAGAAGAACCGAAGCAAGUCAUCCCGCGAAGAGAGCGAGGAGAGCGCGGCGCCAGUGACCCUGCUCCAGCGGCCUAAGGAAUACAUCGUCAAGUUCAACUUCCCCGACCCGCCGCCGCUGCAACCGCCCAUACUUGGCUUGCAUAAUGUGAAUUUUAACUUCCCUGGUCAAAAGCCACUGUUCAUUGACGUGGACUUCGGUAUCGAUCUGAAUUCCCGUAUCGCCAUCGUUGGGCCCAACGGAGUGGGCAAAUCCACCUUCUUGAAGCUUCUGGUCGGAGAGCUGAGUCCUAUACGGGGAGAACUAUUGAGGAAUCAUAGACUGAGGAUCGGUCGCUUCGACCAGCAUUCCGGAGAGCAUCUAACAGCGGAGGAGUCGCCGGUUGAAUAUCUCCAAAGGCUGUUUGGUCUGCAGUACGAAAAGGCUCGCAAGGCGUUGGGCACGUUCGGUCUGGCCAGCCACGCCCACACUAUCAAGAUGAAGGACCUCAGUGGUGGGCAGAAGGCCAGGGUGGCGUUGGCGGAACUGACGCUCAUGGCACCGGAUGUUAUUAUAUUGGACGAGCCAACCAACAACCUGGACAUAGAGAGCAUAGACGCGCUCGCGGAGGCGAUCAACGAGUACAAGGGCGGCGUCGUGAUCGUGUCGCACGACGAGCGGCUCAUACGCGAGACCGAGUGCGCGCUCUACGUCAUCGAGGACCAGACCAUCAACGAGGUGGACGGAGACUUUGACGAUUAUCGUAAGGAACUUUUGGAGAGUCUUGGCGAAACUAUCAAUUCGCCAUCAAUCAUUGCGAACGCAGCAGUUUUGCAGUAAUCACAACCAUACAUACACAACGAAUAAAUUUCACGCAACAUAUAAUAAAAUGUUCUUACAAGUAGCUAGGAAUGAAAUUCGAAUCUUUAUUUUGUUGAUGCUUAUUUACACUUUUUGUUAUUGAAUAAAUGGAUCGAAAUAAUUAUUAAAUAUAAUUUGAUUUAAAAUAUGCUCUUUGUUCUCCCAUUAAUAUAAUUUUAACAUAAUAUUUGUAAAUGGGAUGCAUGCGAUAUGCAUUGAAGUUUUUGUCUAAAGCAUCGAUGUGCUCCUUAAUAUUUCUAUUGUUUGAUUUUAAAUUUUUAUACAAAUAUUGUACAGUUUGAGUUACAUUUAUUUUAUUUUACUAUUUAAGUACUUUUAAUAUUUUCAGACUGUACAUAAUCGGAUAUAUAAUUGUGCUUCUAAUAACAUGGUAUCUUCCGAAAUAGGUAUUUAUAUUUAAUAAAUUUUGAUAUAAAAAA